AUGCAACAGAAAAUGAGACCAUCCCUGGAGGAAGAACUGAAGAAGACAAGGGAAAGAUUAGAUGACGUAGAGGAGGAAAGAGAYCGACUUCUCGAUGAGCUCGCAGAAAUGAAGAAAGUCGCCGAGGAUGCCAAUUUGAGGCUCUGUGAGGCUUUGUCGGCUCAAAAUUGGGCAAACAAAUUGUCAGAGAUGGAUAAAACUGCGUUUGACGAAUUGGAGCAGGCAAGCAUUGUGUCUGCCAAGAAGAGAGACCAAGCGUGGCAGCUCGAGCUUGAGGCAGUUCAGAAACAACACGCCAAGGAUGUGGAGUCUCUCUUAUCUGUUCGAGCAGAGCUCAGUGACGUUCAGAAAAGCCUUGUCUUGGCCUUGGAAUCAAAGAAUGCAGCUUGCAAAGAAGCCGAGGUUGCCAAGAACGUCGCUGAGUCUAAUGCGAAGAAGGUCGCCAGCCUCACUGCAGAGCUUAAUGCUUUGAAGGACGUAGUUGCUAAGUCGAGUGGUUUGGGCAAAGGAAAAAAUGUCGAAGAUCUACUUCUCCAACUUAACAAGGCAAAACUAGUGGAGGAAGAAUUGUCUAAUGCAAAAGAAUCGGAAGCCAAAAUGCUGGAGUCACUCAUCACUCAAACAAAGCAGUUUGAAGAAACUAAGAUUUUGCUUGAAGAAGCCAAGCUUGAGGUCACUUCUCUUCGUGAGAAGAUUGAGAGCUUGGAAAAUUCAACAGUACAAAGUGGUAGAGAUAUUGAUUUAUCCCAAGUAUGCCUGGAGAGGGCAAAGGAUGAUACGCAUUCCAUAAAAGAGAAAAUGGAUAAUCUCAAGUCCGAGGUUCAAGUUGCAAAAGAUUGCGCGGCCCGUGCCCAAGAAAAGGAAGAACUUUCUUCAUCAAAGGCCCGAGGUUUAGCCGAGGAAAUGAACCGGCUUAGAACUGAACUGAAAUUAGCUACAGAUGCAGAAGAGAAGAACAAGGAAGCCAUGGAUGACCUAGCAUUAGCCCUUAAAGAAGUCUCGACGGAGGCCAACGUGGUUAAGGGGAAUCUCAGCGCAACGCAAGCAGAACUGGAUGCUGUAAAAGAGGAGUCUGAAAAAUUAAAAGAGGAGUCUGAAAAAUUGAAGCUGAUAAUGAAGAGUGCCAAGGAGAAAUAUGAAAGGCUCCUGGAUGAAAAGAAUAAGGAAAUUGUUCGGCUUAAAGAAACAUCCGAGAGACUGAAAAUUGAAGCUGAGGAAGCAACCUUGGCUUGGACUGGAAAGGAAAUUGAGUUUGUUAAUUGUAUAAAAAGGGCUGAUGAAGAGUCUAAUGCGAUAAAAGAAGAGAACAGUAGAUUGGCUGAAUCACUCCAAAUGGCUGAGAACAUGACGAAAACGUCGAAGGAAGAAAAUAGCAAGUUAAGGGAUAUACUGAAGCAAGCUCUGAAUGAGUCUAACGUUGCAAAGGAAGCCGCAGAGAUUGCUAGGGCUGAGAAUUCCCAGCUCAAGGACAGCAUAGAUGAGAAGGAAAAAGCUUUGCAAAGUCUUAUGCAAGAAAAUGAACACCUUAGGAACAGCGAAGCCGAAGCUCUCAAGACUAUCCAUGAUUUGAAGGAGCAGUUGCUAUCAACAAAACCCACAGAAUCGAAAGCAGAUGAUAAGGAAACGGGGUUACCAAUUACGAAACAGAACUCAAUCGUUAAGGAGAACAGAGAUGGAAAGGAGAAUAAAGAUGGUAAGAAACUAGCCAAGGUUCUCCAUCUCGAUCUUGAGGAUUUGAGAUUGCCAACCCCAUGCAAGAAUAUUGAGGAGGAUCCCGAAAUGGCUGAAACACUCAAGGGUUCAAUAUUUGAUACGUUGGACUCCCCGGAGCCGGUCAAUAACAAUCAUCAUCAUCAUCAUCACCGGAGAGCAACCUUUUCGGUAUUUGCAGAUAUUGGGGAAGCUAUCAACUCAGAUGAUUUCGAUCAUCUAGAAUGUGCUCACGCCGAUGAUGAUAAUGAUAGAUCGCACCGAAAGAAGAAAGCAUUGCUGCGAAGAGUUGGAGAUAUUCUGAGAAAAACAAGCUUCCACAGAAGGGAUACAUCAAUUAGCUAA